CACAACCCAGAUCCCCUUCUCCACCCAGAUCCCCUUCUCCACCGAGAUCCCCUUCCCCACCCAGAUCCCCUUCUCCACCCAGAUCAGAUUCCCUGCAAGGCAUGAAAAAUAUCUUGCAGGCACUACGUGCAAAUGUAGCCGAGCUGACCCCAACUGCAAACUGUUUUAACGUAGUUAGGUCAGACAUUUUGCAGAGUGCAAUUAGAACAGUACAGAGGAGGGCAUUUAACCCGACAUGUAAAAUAGAUGUGGUGUUCAUGGACACACUAGACGGGUCCAGAGAAGGUUCCGUCGACACUGGGGGACCAACAAGGGAGUUCCUAACCCUUCUUAUGAGGGCAAUUCUGGCAUCCAGAUUCUUCGUUGGACCAGAAGACAGCAAGCACCUAAGCCUGGAUUCCAUUGGACUUAACCGGGGGACCUAUGUCACCAUUGGCAAGAUGAUCUCCAUUUGUAUUGUCCAUGGAGGAGUGGGGCCCCAUGUCUUUUCAGCGAGACUGCUCUGCCAGCUCACAGGGGAACCAGCUCCCCCUGUUGAUGUGAUGGAGAUCGAUGACGAGGAACUGAGGAGUCAGAUCCUGAGGAUCAAACAGGCAUCAUCCAUACUGGAGGUCCAUGCUGCUAUAGCCAGUGCAGCCUCAAAUCUGGCGCUAUUGGGAUCCCUGACGGUUAUCAGAACGAUGACAGACAGGGAUGAGGUUGUGGAGUCUGCGCUAAAGUUCUAUUUGGACAACCGACUACAUGUCCCUCUCCAACAAUUGCGGCAAGGUUUGGAGUGCUUGGGGGUGCUGCAGGCGGCAGUAGGGAGCACUGCUUUUAGAAGGCUGUUUUCAGGUGGACCCCCUGCCCCACUGACAGCAGAGCAGGUGAUGCAUAUGUUUGCAGUCAACUACUCGGUUCGAGGGAGCUCACGCAGGUCAGAGGAGGAGCGGGCAGUUGGCUACUGGAGGGACUGGCUCAUCGAUGUUGAAGCUGGAGAUGCUGUUUUGGUGGUGGAGGACACGGAGAACAGAGUGACGCUGAACCAGCUCCUCAUGUUCGUCACUGGGGCAGACAGAGUUCCUCCCCUGGGAUUCCCAGGAGAGCCAACUAUAAACUUUUUGCACACUGUCACGGUCUUCCCGGAAGCAAACACCUGUGCUAUGAUUCUAAAGUUGCCGCUACACAACACAUUUGAAUCCUUCUCUGAUUCGAUGAUAUCAGGAAUCAUCCAGUCCCCCUGUUUUGGUUAUGCCUAAUUUUUUGCUGCUAUUUAAACUUUUUUAUUGCAUGUUUUGCAUCUUUAAAUAUGUUGUUAUGCAUGUUCUGCAUCUUUAAAUAAACAAUGUUCCAGUUCCACGUUUUUAUGCUUUGCCAGACCCUUAUU